CCACUUCCUCGUAUGGCUCAUGAACGACAUUUGGACACGAAAUCGAUUUCACCCAUUUCUGAAAAAACACAAAGACGUAGAGUCGAAGCAAAUCUCAACUUUCUUCCCUUCAAAUUGAUCGUUCCUACUAGUCACCUGACAACCCCUAAGAUUUCUUUCCCUUCUCUUCUCCACUAAGUUCAAACAACAAAGAAAUCCUCUCUUGGAUUCGAAAAUUAAAGAACUCCACUAUUCAUGAUCAACCGCUGCGAAAAGAUAAACAUAACACCUCGCAUUUGAUUUAAAUAGAGGAAAGGAAUGGGAAGCACAGCUUGCUUCAUUAUUGUCAGUAGGAAUGACAUUCCUAUAUAUGAAGCCGAGCUGGGCUCUGCGCUUAAAAAAGAAGAAUCUGCCCAUCAGCAUCAAUUUAUACUACAUGCAGCUUUGGAUGUUGUUCAGGAUCUUGCAUGGACUACAAGUGCCUUGUUCUUGAAGGCAGUGGACAGGUUCAAUGACUUGGUGGUCUCUGUAUAUGUUACUGCAGGUCAUACGCGAUUGAUGCUACUUCAUGAUUCUCGUAACGAUGAUGGAAUCCGAAGUUUUUUCCAAGAGGUCCAUGAACUCUAUAUAAAGAUUCUUCUCAAUCCCCUCUAUUUACCUGGGUCCCGCAUUACAUCAUCACACUUCAACACAAAAGUUCGAGCCCUUGCCAGAAAAUAUCUAUAGAUCUAUGGAUCCAAUCCAAUGCUUUCCUCUCAAAUGGAGACAAGAAACCAAUUGGGAAGCUCCACAAAAAGGCCAAUGUAUUUUUUUCUUUUUUUUUGAAGGCUCCAAUGUACUUUGUGAACUUCAUAAGAGUACCUAUAUUGAUGAUUAUUAUUGUUAUUUUUGGUAGAAAAAUUAUUAAGAUGAAAUCCCCACUUUGAUGUUACCAUUUUCUUAUUAUGUUUUGUAAUAAUUAUCUGAUCUUCCUUGUACAGAGCUAGUGUGAAUCAAGAAGUGCAUCCCAGAGAUUCACUUUGACUGCUUUGAGAA